CGUUCGAUUAUAAUAAAUCUUAUAUUUAUAACAUACUAUUCGUUCCAUCCGACGGUUGACCAUUUCCCACAUACUCUCCUUCUAAAUAUCAACGAGCACACCCUCUUUUUUUGAUUCGAUCAAUCGACAGCUCACCUUGACUCUCAAACGGAUUUCAGCGGAUCGACCUCUCCGUAAUCUUAAUUCUAGCUUCGCGCCCAUCUAUCAGACUUCUCUACGUACUUUGUUGUACCUCUGUUUGCUUCAUCUUAAACUCAGUUAGCGCCUAACCAACUUUUUCUCUUUUCCUGCUUGCACCCAGAUCUACUGAGUUCUUGUGUAUCAUGCUGGUCAUCCUACUCAUUUGAUCGGUUUACUUUUCACUUGCCGUUUCAUCUCCACCAUCUAUUGAUCCGCAACAAUAUGGUCCAGUCCUCUCCCACUCAACGCGAACGUGCCGAGUUCCACUCUACCACCCACCACCCAUACGUCCACGAACGCCUCCCUUCUUCCCCUCCACCACCUUUUUAUGCCCAAUCUCCCCAAUUAAAUGCUUCUUCCCACUCCUUGCGCAUACCCUCAUCACGACACCCUCACUUACCCCACAAUGUUCCAUAUCACAUCCAUCCAUCCCCUCAUGAUCCUAGCGCCCAGUCCAGUCCCCUAACUUCCCCCUCUUCCGCACACGGUGGCAGCAGCCAUUUUGCUGACUCACAAUCAUCAUUCACAUCAGAAUCUGCCAGCCCAGAUCCUUCUGCCUCCCGCUCACCAUACGAUCUCCCAAAUAGGAUCUCUCCCCCAACAUUUUUCGGUACCCCCCCAUCUCCGGCCCCUAACGCCCGUUCGAGAUCGAUUACCGAAUCUGAUCUCCGUCUUCCAACGCAUGAUGUCACUCGCACAUCCGUCUCCAGAUAUCCCCCAUCUUCUGCACGUCCGCGCACUGCACCUUCUCCUACUCCGAUUAACCUCGACAACCCUGAUUCACUGGGUAUCAAGUUCCUCCUCAGCAAGCCUGCUCAACCGUCCCCUUCGCGUGUAUCACUACAGUCAGACCCAGAGGCAACGUGGCGCACAACCCCUCGCAAGUCGAGACCACAUCCACCUGAACUCGACGUCUCAGCGUCCCCCUCACCUGCACACUCCCAUCCAGAUCUCUCUACGAGGGCCUCAUCGACUGUCGUUAGCAGCCUUAAUUCGCCUUCUGUCAGUUCAAUGCCUCCGCAGAAGAAGCAGCGAAAUGUAUUGCGUAGAAAACCCUCUGCAAAGGUCAAAGAAAAAUUGCAGCGAGAAUUUGAAAAAAGACAGGACCCCAGCCCUGCCUCCCCUUCGUCUCCUACCCGCGCAUCUCUGUCCAACUCGCGAGACUGGCCAUUAACCCCUGCAAGAACUGUUGUACAUGUGUACAAGCACCAAGAGCAGCCCAUGGAAGGAGCUGGGAAUGAUACCGUCCCGCCCUCUCCAACUCCAUAUUAUACCGUCUACGGAACGCAGUCGGAGCGCAAAAUCACUGCGGGCGGGCCUGAUGAUAGCGAUUGGUCUUUGCAUGCCCAUGUUCUUGCUGAACAGCGUGCACAGGCCGAACCGAGCAGAAGCUUGUCAAGGAAAGGAAGCCUUUCGAGAAAAGUAUCGAGCAGAUGGAAGAAAGCGACAGGUGGAGGUGUUGAAUCUCCCUCCAACAGCCGACCAAGUUUACAAGACGUCUACUCCUCCAGCCAUCUCAGACAAUCAUUGGAUCCAGGGGUGUUUGGUAGACACACGCGCUCAGUGACAGACCCACAGAACAAGACCAAGGAGAAGGAGUCAGCGCAAGGUUCUAGUUCUAAGAUCUGGAAGUUGAUGAAGCGGAUCAGCACUGGGGGGCUGCGCGAGCGCUUCCAAGUUGAUACAGCCGCACCGCCUGUACCCGCCAUCCCUAAAGAGUUACUCAACAGCCCGCCUCCUAUACGCAAAGACCCGCAAGCUACGUCACCAAACCCUUACAGCGCAUCUAAGCCGAAGAGCAUUGCUGGCUCUGGUUCGGGCCCACGACCAAGCAUGGCAACGUCCUCGUCCUCGCCUAAUUCAAGCGACGUGGCUUCUGGGAGUUUCUUCCACGCGUCACACUCGCGGGGAUCGUCGGUGUCCUCGUAUGGGGAAGAGACUGCAUCCGCACUCUUUCCUAGUAUGGGGGAUCGUCGUACACAUAUCGUUUCGGGUGACGGGACGAAAGAUCAGGGUCUGUUGUCAUCUUCUAGCAGUCGAAGUUAUUCCGGGCACACUACGCCCAUCGCAAAUGAUCAGCGCCAGGAAACCAAAUCCCCGCGAUGUACACCUAUCCCAAUAUCCCAGAUCACGCAUCCCAUUCAUUCAUCAACGUCGCUCAGAAGACACAAACACGAGAAGCCGCCUACACCCGCCCACACUCAUUCACGUUCACUUUUCAAUGGCGAUGGCAGCACCCCGGUUUCAGCACCAUCACGGCCUUCUCUAAGUAUGAUGCCGAGCAGGUCUUCGCAGAGCGAAAAAUCACCUGCUCGUUCCGCGUUUGUAAUUAAUGACGAAGCAUCUUUUCGAGCGUCUCUCAGAGCGCCUAGUGAAGCGUCUACUGCUAGGAUGCGGCCGUGGUCCAAUUCCACGACAUCUACAGCCAAGAUACGACCCUGGUCCAAUUCAACGAAUUGUACACGCAAAGAUAAAGACCCAUCGACAUCAACGUCGAACUUAACCUUGACCUCGCAGUCCCGAUCUCCUAUCAACUACCGCGCACUCAACGCUCCACGCAAACCGCCCCUCACAGAACGCGAAAAGGCUGAGAUCUGGGAUAAUCUACUUGAGAGGAGUGAUCUGGCGGGAGGGACGUUGCAUAUUGGUGGUGGGAGUGGGGAGCUUGAGUCGGAUCAUUUGAGGUUUUCGGGGUAUUCUGAGGUAGAGGUUGAAGUUGAGGAGGGGUGUUCGGAGGCUGUUGAGGUUGAGGAGGGGGUUUGAUGAGACGUGUUCAUGCUCAUUGCAAUGAUAUACCCAACACACACAUGUAUACCUUUGCUAUGUUAUGUUUUUAAUUUAAAGGAUGGGUAAUUGUAACGGGGCUUUGAGGAGGUUGUUUACCUAUAGCUG